AUGGGAUCCUUGAGCCGAGAAGCCUGGGCCCAGCGCCUGGGUGCCUUUCGGGCCAGCCCAUCUGCUUUCAUGGCAGGUCCUGAGGGUGAGAGUUUGGGUCGUGACCUACUGAGUGGUCUUCGGAGUGAGAAGCUGAGCGAACAGACGAAGGUUUCCUUGCUGGUCCUGAGCUUGGAGUUCCCAGACCAGUUGUGGCCCGACGCCUCUGUGGCUGAGGCGGCUACUACCUCUUUGUUGGACACCCUGGACCUCCUAUCCCCCCGGCCUUCAGCUCUCCGACGGCCCCUGCUGCUGGCGGCCACCACAGCGUUGAUAGCAGGAGGUGCACUGGGCCCCACCUCAGGGGCUUCUGGCCGCCUCUUGCGCUUGUUGCUAGACCUGGCCUCUGGUAGAGCUCUGGGUCGGGGCUUUGGCCUGGACUCAGAGCAGCGCCCUCUGCAGGCCACGGCAUUGGAGUGCCUGCGGGAACUAGAGAGCUGCCAACCCGGGCUGCUAUGGAGCUGUCUGGGGCUGCUGCGGGGCCUCUUGAGGCGGGAGGCUCCCGUCCAGCCUCUCAGCCUGCUGCUUACCCUUGUUCUGCGUAAUGCCUUGGUGGCACGGGCCAGGGCUGGGACCAGCCUUUGGGGCCUGCUGCUGGGCGGGGACCUCCCCACUGGGGAUGGCUCUUGUCCCUGGGACUGGACACUAGCUGGAGAAGGGGAUGCCCACUUAAAACCCCAGGCCCCCUGCUGGCCAGCAGCUGAGAAGGAGGAGGGUGGCCUUGCAGCGUUAGAGCCCAGUCCUGAGGAGGCCCGUGAACUGCGGGCCACCGUGGCCCAGCUCUUGGAUGCCUCGUACCUUCUCACUCCUGUGGCCCAGGCCCAGCUCCUGUGGCUGCUGGGCUGGGGCCUGCAGGGCCUGCGUGGCCAGCCGCCAGCUCUUUUCAAACCGCAGCUGGUACGGCUACUAAGCACAGCACAGCUGACCCUACUGCACGCCGUUCUGGCGCUCAAGGCGGCCUUUGGGGAGGCCCUGUUCACUGCCCAGGAUGAAGUCUUGCUGCUCCAGAGGCUCACUGUGGCUGCCCAGCACCCUGCCCUGCCUCCACCUACCCAUCUCUUCUAUCUGCACUGUCUCCUCAACUUCCCUGAGAACUGUCCACUGGGCCCCGAUGGUGAGGAGGCCACCCCGCUGUUGCUGGGACCCCAGCUGUGCCAAGGCCUCCUGCCCAACCUCCUGCAUGACCCAAUGGCCCUCCUGGCCCGUCUACACUUGCUUUGUCUACUCUGGGCUGAGCACGAAGAGGAGGAGAGAGGCCAGCUUCAGAGCCUACAGCAAUACCUGGAGACGCUGUUGGCUGGCCUCCGGCAAAGGGCUGCCCUGGCUGGGGGGCCCCGAACCUCAGCUACGCUCUGCUUCCAGGCCUCGUACCUGGUUGCCCGUUGCCUGUCCGGGUAUCCUACAGUGCUGACUCCUCUGACGCACGGAUUGGCUCAGCUGUAUCAGACCCGGCCAGCUCUGGCCCCCCAUUUUGUGGAUCUUUUGAGUUCAGUGGGUCCUGAGCUAGGGGAGCCCCUGAAGAUGGUGUUGCGGCACGAGGUAGUGUUGGGGACGAGCAGGGAAGGGGCUCUUCGAUGGCACCUGCAGACGCUGGCAAAGGUGGUGGAUGGGGAGGCCCAGAGUACUACCCUGCGCUUCCUCCAGGCUGCAGCCUCCCACUGCUCGGACUGGGGUCUCCAGCAGGCUCUGUUGCAGGUCUGCCGGAACCUAAUGCGGGCCGGUGGAGGGGAAGGCCUGGCAGACUUGCUGCAGGCACUGGCCGUGCAACUGGAGGACCCUGAUGGACGCGAUCAUGCACGCCUCUACUAUCUCCUUCUGGCCCACCUCUCAGGACACAAGCUGGGGAUGGCCCUGGGCCCCUCGCUUGCUGCACCUGCACUGGCCUCCUCGCUGGUGGCUGAGAACCAGGGCUUUGCGGCAGCCCUGACUGUGCAAGGGGCCCCGGCCUCGACCUCGCUGCGGCUGAGCGUGGGGCCUCGCAGGGUCCAUGGCAGCAGUCCGGUGCUGCACCUCCAGGUGGAGGCGCUGCAGCCACUCUAUUCCCUGGAGCUGCGCUUCCGGGUAGAAGGGCAGGUCUACGAGCCCCUGGAGAUGGUGCACGUGCCCUUCCUAUGCCCCGACCACCCUGCCCGCCUUCUACCCCUGCCCCUGCAUCCCCGCCGUCCAGCCCCCAGCCAUCUGGGUGUCAGCGCCCUCUACACCACGCCCACUGGCCUCACCUGCCAUGCCCAGCUUCCGCCCCUGCUGGUGAAUUUCCAGGAUCUCUUCCUGCCGUUUCCAUCACCCUCCGAGGGAACUGGUCCCAGCUUCUUUGAUGAGCUCUGGGCCUCCUGCUUGCCCAAAGGCGCCGAGAGUCGCGUGUGGUGUCCCCUGGGACCACAGGGACUAGAAGCCUUGGUGUCCCACCACUUAGAGCCCUUUGUGGUGGCCGCCCAGCCCCCUAUCAGCUACUCUGUAGCUAUCCACCUGCCACCAGCCUCCAAACUGCUGCUGCGUCUGGGGGACGCCCAGGUGGACGGAGUGUCUGUGGCCCUGCGGACUGACGACUGGACUGUGCUGCCCCUGGCAGGGGACUACAUUCGGGGGCUGUCGGCUGCUGCCUGA